AUGGAUCCCCAGCAGCCUGUUUUUAGCCUGAUGAAACGGUUCUGUUGUUUCAGCCUGCUGCCACUGCCUAGUCAAGACUGGAGUAAGAGUGAUGAGAGGCUCAUGCAGGCUGUGGAGCAAAAUGAACCUGACAAAGUCUCUGCCCUCAUCGUCAAAAAAGGCCUCUGUCCCACCAAGCUGGAUGCUGAGGGCAAGUCGGUGUUCCAUCUGUGUGCAUCUCGAGGGCGGCUUGAGUGUCUGGAGGUCAUAAUCUCUCAUGGAGCAGACCUCAACAUCACUGAUGGUGCUGGCUUGAGCGCCCUUCACCUUGCAGCCAAAUAUGGCCAGUCAGAAUGUUUAAAGAGACUCUUACAGGAGAGAUUAGCAGUAGAUUGCACAGACAGCAUUGGUAGGACACCACUUCAUCAUGCAGCGGUCAGUGGUUGCUUGUCCUGCACUGAGACCCUGUGGGACUUUCAAGCCAAUCUAGAUGUCCAGGAUGGAGACGGGGCCACCACACUCAUCCUGGCAGCUCAGAUGAGCAGAGUGGAGCUGUGUGUCUUUCUUAUGGGUCGAGGUGCCAACGCAAACAUACAAGACAACCAGGGAAGGUCCGCAUUGAUGUUGGCCUGUGAGAGUGAUAGUGUUGAGACAGUAGAGGCUCUGCUGAGAGGUGGGGCCAACACACAGCUGGAUGACGCCCUUGGACACAAAGCCGCUGAUUACGCCACAAACACAGGCAACCAACGUAUCAUACAGAUGUUGCAGGAUGGAGCACCCCCAGUCCCUGAGGGCGCAGGAGAGGAGAUCCAGGGUUUGCCACCCUCUCCACAGCCCCGGAGUUCUGUUCCCCCUGCCCGCUCCCCUGAGCCUCAGUCCCAGUCCCAGUCUCCCUCUCCUCAGCCUCCAGAUUCACAGCAAUCAGCCCAGGUUAAAGAUGAGGAGGUUUUUGAGGAGAUUCGGCGGCUGCGUCUGGAGAGAGGCCGCCUGCUCCAGAGGAUUAAAACAUUUGAGCAGCAGCAACAAGCUGCUGUCUCUGCCAUGGAGGAGUUGUCCCAACUAAAGCAACGUCUCGAGCAGUCAGAGGCAGAGAGGGACAGGCUGCUUGAGGAGCUGAAAGGACUCCAGGGUAUUGGGGCCAGUGACUCUGAGGACAUGGAUGAAAUGUUUGACUUCCCAGAGAAGCUGCUCUCCAAGCGCUCCAGAGCUUCCCCUGUUCAGGAUGAGGCCACUUCUCAAGGGAAUAUUGACUCAGCCAGCCCCUCUCCCUCCCCUGCAGACCCAGGAACUGUGGCAGAGCUGUGCAAACAAAUAGAGGAACUUACCUCAAAGAACUCUGAACUUGUUCUCAAAGUGCAGAUGCUGGAGAUGUUUGAGAAGGAUGACACAGACAUGCAGAGCUCCAGCCCAGACUUUGUCCCCAUAGCUCAGUAUGAGACCAUUAGGAAAGAGUUGGAAGCCCUUCAAGAGCGCUUCUCUAAGGCCCAGGCUUCAGAUGAGGCCUCCAGUGUGGUGGAGGAGGGGUCUCAGGAAGGAGAUGUGGAUGCAGAGAGUUUGGAGGUGCUGAAAGAGAAGAUGCAUGGGUUGGAGGAGCAGUUGGCCAACUCUCAGUCUGAGCUGGAGGAGAUGAAAGAGCAGAUGCGUCUUGGGGUGCUUUCUGUGGCGUGCGGUGAAGGGGAUACUGCCACGACAGGUGCUGGGACAGGAGGCGGGUCUGCAAAUGAGGGUCCGAGCCAGGAGACACAGCAACUGAGGGUGAGGGAGCUAGAGGAGGAGCUUGCUAAGAGACAGGGCGAGGCAGAUGGUCAGAGCAGCCUGGACAGUGACACAAUCAAACAGCUGAAGGAGAAACAAGAGGAACUCCAAGCUGCCCUGGCCCAGAAAGACAGCGAAGGCGAAGAGACAGAAACAGUGAAGUGCCUCCGUGAUAAAGUGGCUGAGUUGGAGGCAGCACUGGCAGAGAGCAGGACAGCAGGGAAAGAGGUAGGAGCAGCAGGAGAUGGAGGUCAGGUACGUCUCCUUCAGGAGCGUGUGAGGGAGCUUGAGGGGGACCUGAGGAAGUGUGUGCCCCGAUCAGAGUUAGAGGAGGUGCAGGUGACUCUUGGUCUGCAGUGCGAGCAGCUGGCCAGGGAGAGAGCGGAUGUGGCUAGAAGACUUAACGACUCUCUAAUAGAGCUGGAGAGGCUCAGGCCUCCUCCACACGGUGAGGAGGAGGAGGAGGAAGACGAAGAGGAACACUCAGAGAGCUCAGAGCCUUCAGUCACAUCAGAGCACUCCAGGCGCACCCUGGCAGCAGUGAGAGAAGAAUUGGAGGUAGCGAGACAGGAAGCAGCCCAGGCUCUGGACUGCCUGUGUGCAGAGCGGGAGGGCCGGGCACAGGACGCCCUACAGCUGAAAGAUGCGGUGCCGCUGUCAAAACACAAGGAAGCGCUGUCUGCAGUGUCCGAACAGCUAGCUCAGACACUGCAGGAGCUGCAGGAAGAGAAGAGCCUCCGGGGCCAGGCUGAGGAGCAGGCUGCCAGAGCAGAGGUCAAACUACAGGCCAUGCAGGACGCCAUACCCAAAGAGGAGCAUGAGAGAAUCAAGGCAGAGCUUCAGCGCUCCCUGCAGGCCAGUGAGAGCAGUGCAGCAGCAGCUCAGGAGGCUCUGAGUGAGAAGGAGAUGGAGCUGAGAGAGCUAAAAUCCCAAAAGGCUGCAGAACAGGGUCUUAUCUCCAAGGAGGACCACGAGGGCCUGCGUCUCUCUAUGCAGGCUGAGAUCAACGCCAUAACGGCCCGCUUCAAUGAUCUCAACCGCAAACAUGAGAAGACCUGCACUGAGGUGUUCCAGGUGCAGAGAGAGGCUCUCUUUAACAAGAGCGAGCGGCAAGUUGCUGAGUCCCAGCUGGCCACAGUGCAGCAGCAGCUAGCACAGUUACAGUCUCAAUCCAGCCACAUCCAGGAGCUCCAUAAAGACAUCCAGGAAUCUCAAGGCCUGGUCAAGGAGAAGGACCGCAAGAUAACAGAGCUGUCGAAGGAAGUGUUCCGGCUAAAAGAGGCACUGGGAGCUCUGUCACCUCCUCUCGGCAUUACCUCCUCCUCUUCCUCAUCCACCCAUCAUGGUAACCCUGGGCAGCAGAUGGCGCUGCAGAACAGGAUCAGCAUACUCACCCAGCAGCUCCAGGAUUGGGAGAGAAAGCACAAACAGGUGGUGAAUGCAUAUCGUUCCCAUUUACUGGCAGCCGUACAGGGCCGAAUGGAUGAAGAAGUCCAACAUUUGCUACUCCAGAUCCUGAGGAUGACACAGCAGGGAAACUGA